UGAACAUUUACUACGCAACUCCAUGCAGUCCAUCCCUCUCUUGCACGAGUGACUGGUGUGCUAUCAGAUUUUACUGUGCUUCCCCAUUAUUUAGUUCUGAACUGAACUGUUCAGUGCAGUGUCACACUCACUGGUGUCAGUUUCCUCAUGCUUGCAGUAACUACUAAUUCUUGCGACUAAUUCUUGGGUUGAGUGUGGCCAAGAAAUGGCAUGUAACCUGAAGAAGAUCCUGAGGAAUGUCUCCUACAUUUUUAUCAGUUUUUCAGUGACUUAUUUGAUUUUCACCAGUCAUGGCAGAAACGACUGCAGUCGGAGAGGGCAACUGAACAUGUCACACUUGAUAAAGCAGGACAGAGCGGAGUUACAUGCUUGUUCAGCCAUCAUCCAAGGAGACAUGGAUGGAGUGGACAACCUUUACUUCAGUAAGCUCCUUGCUUCUAAGAAAAGGACUUCACUCCUAACGGAGUCUUACUACCUGAGUGCAACCAAGGACUGUCCAGCUUACAUCAGUGAACGAGGCUUUCUAACAACGCCUUUGAGCAUAGAGGAAAGAGACUUCCCCAUCGCCUUCUCCAUGGUGAUUCAUGAGAAGAUUGAGAUGUUUGAGAGGCUCCUGCGUGCCAUUUACUCUCCUCAGAACAUCUACUGUGUCCACGUGGACACGAAGUCGUCCAAGGAAUUUAUGGAGGCUGUGAAGGCUAUCACAUCUUGUCUGCCCAAUGUGUUUGUGGCCAGCAAAUUGGAGAGUGUGGUCUACGCCUCCUGGUCUCGAGUUCAAGCCGACAUCAACUGCAUGCAAGACCUCCUCAAGUCGUCAGUGCAGUGGAGGUAUCUGCUCAACACUUGUGGUGCAGAUUUCCCCAUCAAAACCAAUGCAGAGAUGGUUCGAACCCUGAAGCAGCUUAACGGGAGGAACAGCAUGGAGUCUGAGGCCACUAAUGACUACAAAAAGCAGCGCUGGGUGUACCAGCAUAAUGUUACUACUUCUGUCAUUCGGACAAGCAUUAAGAAGACAGAUCCACCCAUCAAAUCCCCAAUGUUCACUGGAAACGCUUACUUUGUCGUCUCUCGAGAGUUUGUGGAGCACAUGUUCAGCAGUCCUGAGAUCCUGAACUUCAUGGAAUGGGAGAAAGACACAUACAGUCCAGAUGAGCACAUGUGGGCUACACUACAGAGAAUGCCCAACAUGCCUGGAUCCAAUCCACCCAACGGCAAGUAUGACGAGUCAGACAUGCUGGCCAUUGCAAGACUGGUGAAGUGGAGUUAUCUUGAAGGGGACUUGAGGAAAGGAGCACCGUACCCACCGUGCACUGGGGCUCACAGACAUGCAGUGUGCGUUUAUGGUGCAGGGGACAUCAAAUGGAUUGUGAGACAGAAACACCUCUUCGCCAAUAAGUUUGACCCAGAAGUGGACGAUAUUGCUAUAAAAUGCUUGGAGGCUUAUUUAAGGUACAAAGCAGUUCAUGGUCAGUCAUUACUCAAUAUUAAAAAAGGAACUAUACUGAAAUGAACUGUGUAAUAUAACUUAUUACUCUUGAUAUGUGUUCAUAUGUAUUUUUAAAUGUGUGUUCAUAGCUUUUCUUUAUUUAUAUGUAGUAUUUUAAAAGGUUUAUAUACUAUGGUUAUCAAUUAAAUAAACUGUUCCAAACUGUUUCAAACAGUUAGCUGCAGACAUAGCUACACUUUAGUCUAUAAAACAAUAAUAAUGACCUGUAUUUUUAUACUCUACAAUAAGCUGUCAAUGGUAGUUACAGACUCUAUUACCGUGGUUUAUACUGCUCAAAUGUGUCAUCAGAAUAGUUUACAAAUAAUACAUGAAAGUAAUUCAGCACACUAAAAAUAGCAAACUGGUCACACAAGACUAGUCUCAUUCAUUUAUUUAUGUUCAAUCGGUGUUAAGCUUUAAACUGUUAAUCUCAAUCUUUCAUACUGGUUAGAAAUGUUUAUGUACAUGGAAUAGUAGACAUUAUGUGACUUUCAUUUGAUACCAAUUAAGUAAAAAUAUCAGUACAAGCUUCUUGUAAAUAUACAAUGUACAAAAUAUUCCUAAGAUAAAAUGUAAACCUGCCAAUUUCACAUUUCAUACAAGAACCUUUGUUAUAAAAAUGAAAUAACAGUUUAAAAGAUGAACCACACCUUACCUGAACUUCUCCUCCCUAGCCACAUAUUCAGCUCUGGGAAACAAAUAAGAGACCACUUAAAAAUGAUGAGUUUCUUUAAUUUUACCAAAAUUGGAAUAUAAUCAAGAGGAAGUCAUCAAACCAAGCUGAACUGCUUGCAUUUUUGCACCAGGAGUGGCAUAAAGUUACCCAAAAGCAGUGUGUAAGACUGGUGGAGGAGAACAUGCCAAGAUGCUGUGAUUAACACCAGGGUUAUUCCACCAAAUAUUGAUUUCUGAACUCUUAAAACUUUAAGAAUAGGUAUUUAUUACUUUGCAUUAUUUUUUUAUUUCAGUCAUUUCUCAUUUUCUGCAAAUAAACACUCUAAAUGACAAUA